AUGGAUGCCGAGCUGAAGCAGCAGCAGGCGCUCAUGCGCUCGCUGCGCGAGUUUGCUGUGCGUGAGCUCUGCGGGUCUUCCGAGACAGAGAACGGCGGCCAGUGGCAUGACAAAGCCUGGCGACGCGGCCUCGUGCCAACGUUUCAGCGUUUGUGCCUCUGUAUGACACGCCUGGACCAACUAGAGGCGCAAGAAAGCAAACAAAUGGGGCCACUGACGCCCCGGCAAGCAGAAAAUCCUAAGGCGCCGGCAGGUCUGUUAAGUUUGCGAGAUUAUUCGGUGCUGCAGGCGGCUGUGGAGCUGCUGUUCUGCUGGGGCGCGUACCCUCGCGCGACUGCUGGAGUACUGAUGCCAAUUGAGAAGAGGAGACCCACGCGCACGUUAGAGAUUUCCAAGGACAUAUUGCUGUGGGGAUAUCGUGGAUACACUCGCCUACUGGAAGUCACGCAGGCAUUGUUGCAGCUGCUGUCGUUGCCACAGUUCCAGCCGAUCCUGUUACCUAAAUACGUGGUGGAGUUGCUAGCUCUGCUAGUAUAUGGAGAAGUUGCGAUAAAUACGGAAGCGCCUACGUCGGUACAGAAAGAGUUUAUCCGACUACGCGAGAUGGUACUGAGGGUCUUGCCGCUGCGUAUGAGCAUGAGCAGUCUGCGCGCAGCACUCGGCCAGACUGCACCCGCAGUGAAUGAAGAGGCGGUAGGUCAGCGGUUCAAGGAGCGCUGUGGACACUUAUUGUCCCAGCUACUGAUGGAAGAUGGAGGAAUCGUGGCUACCAUUGAGAUGUUGCUUGGAGCUGUGGAAGAAGGAAACACACAAGCUAGAAUGCAAGUUGCUACACUAAUUUGUCAGUGUCCUAGUGGUGAGGACCCUGAAAAGUAUGCGACCGCUUUGUGCGCGCAAGUACGUGAACUGCUACUUGCGGCAGUGACUCCUGAAAAGGGAAAUACGAGCAGCAAACUACUGGGUGAAAUGGCUGCACUGCUGACGGAUCAGGUGGCCACUCGCCACCCGGUACUUUUCGACGCGCAGAUCUUGUCGGUACUAUUCCGCCCAUUGCUGAUCUACGAUGAUAGUCGCUCUGACGCGAGUACAUCAGAGGGAGAUACACACGAAGAGGCUUUGAGUCGCUGCGUAGGCAUUGCACGACUUCUUCUUUGUGGGCCACCACCUUCUCAACGGUUUUUACAAGCUCUAGCACCGCUUGUACGUCCACUCCUGCAUAUGUACGCUUUUGCAGCAACUAGCAAGAGUUUUCUGGCAGAUCCGCUUCGUGCGCUACUCACAGCUUGGAUUCGCUCGUGCUCAAACGCGCCAUUGCUCCUCCAAGUGGCUGUACUUCCUGUUACGCUACCUCUUCGGCCCACUCUAUUAGUUUGCGGAUAUGAACGGAACUAUACCCAAGAAUCAUGGAGACCACGACGAGAGUUUUGUGCAGGGGGAGGUGGUGGCGUCUCCCUUCGACUAGUGAAGUCUUAUACCUCUGUUGUAGGUGAGGAACGUGACACUACCGAGUCACUGAAAGCAUUAAUAAUGCCACUGGUGGAACUUCUAAGUGACAAGGAGCUGGAAAACUCUGAAGUGGUGGGAGACCUCUUUUCCUCGCUGUUGUUGACCUAUAUGCGGCCACUGAAAACCCCUACAAGCGCCGAAGGUAUUGAGAUGGUUCUGAUGUUGCUAUUGGCACUUAUCGAAUGCUUGGGACCCUCGGUGCUGCGUAGUGCUGCAACAGUUCUGCAGUGUAUUGGGACGGUGUUAGAGACAUACAAUACACCUGCAACAAAGCUUAUCCUAACGAUUUGUUUAGGCGUGGUGGUGACGAUUCUCGAGGCAGGCUCGUCUCAUCGCACUGACGCAGAGGAGCAGCAACUUUGUGCAAUGCUUCCUGUACUUGAAGUUUUAUCCGGCCAUCCACGACCUGAAGUUGCUGAGUUUGCAAGCAAUGCACGUGCACAGAUCUUAAGUCGAGGUAGUUUUGAAAAAGUUUUCCGUAAGGCAGAGCAAGAUCUAUCGAGUCAACUGGUACCGCUGCGUGCGCGUGGUGUUGUUACGUUGACGAGACUUGUACGUCGGAGUCUUUCGCACGCACACGAAGCAGAGUGGACACCACGAGUUCACUCGUUAGCUCAAGUUUUCCUGCUACAUUUACACGACUCAGAGAGCUAUGUGUUUCUCGCGGCAGUCCAAGGUCUGGCAGCAUUGGCAGACGCGCAUCCCGCUGCAGCCAUUCCUGCAUUGGUGAAGGCAUUACAAAACCCUCAAAACUCUAUGGAAUCUCGCAUUAAGCUCAGUGAAGCGUUGCUGUUCUCAGCCAAACGGUGUGGCGAGACGCUUCCCCAGUACGGGAAGCUGUUCGUAUAUGCUUACUUGGAUUGCAUCCGCCCACCGCCUUCCCAGAAGAAACGUGUGGAGCGCAUCCACAAAGAAGUGACCAAGCGCGUUCAGCUUAUCCAAGAGAUUCAGGACGAUGAAGAGCAAGCGACAGCGUUAGACGAGUCACAGGAUGAGCCAGAGAAUGAGCAGGAGCUUCUUGCAGCCGCGACACUACGAGCUAGCUGUCUAUCGAACUUAGCAGAAGUGUGUGCACUGCUACAGUGGGGACUGCAGCCAUUCCUGCGCGACGUGCUCACUUGUGUUUUCGGGGUUCUUCAGCUGGAGCUGGAGCUGGACGCAAAGCGUUGUCCAAAACCCGGAUCUAACGACACUACUGGGGGCAAUGAGCAACAUAAGCUACUAAAGCAUCACGAAAAAGAGCAGCAACAGCGCGUAGUAGCGGUGCGACGAGGAGCUGUCUUUGUGCUGCGUUAUCUCAUAGAGCUACUCGGCUGGAAGAUACUGGAGCUGAUGCCGGAUCAGUUAUCUCCACUGUUCCGUACACUCAAGCACGUGGGCCGUGUCGACCAGGAUCGGGUCGUCAUAUUCCAUACCAACCGCGCUUUAAGAGCUCUGAAUGAAGUCAUGCGAGCCGAGCUCUUUCCACGCGUGGAGCAGCAGGAUGCGGUCUACGGUAUCUCGAGAUUACGCAUUGUGUAG